AAAAAUCUAGAAUCUAACCUCUUGUUGGAUCGCAAAGUUAUAUCAAUUUCAUUUUUCAAAUAUCUCUUAAAUGUGAACUUUUAUUACAAUUAUUAAAACAAGUUUCGCGAGUUGCAGUCAUGCGAGCAAUGCUCAAAAUGUUAUACCCCGAGAAGCGGCUACAGUGCAGGAUGUUUUUGUGAUCGUAAUCUUUGCAGCCAGCCAGCAGGAAAACGCUAAACAUGUUCACUAGCUGAAAAAAAAAUCGAGUGACAGAAGGCGUAGUUGCAUCGUCUGUUACGAAUAAAACCAACCGUUCCCAAAAAAAUAAAUAGUAAUCGUGCAUUUAAAACGGAAACGGGAUAAACAACAAACCGAACCGAUACAAAAAGAAAGGGCAAGUGAACAGAGAAAACGGCUGCACGGGAAAUUGAUUGUUGAUUGUACUUUGUGUAGGAUAUAGGCAACUAGCAAUUAGGACGGAACCAAAAAAAAAAAUCAAAGGUUCACAAAAGUAAUCAUUUCAAUUACGUUGAACGUCGGGAUUCGGUAAUGUGCAACAUGAUCGAAACUACGGACAAGAACAGCAACAACGUAGUUGAAGAGGAGGAUGAUUCCAAGCUGCCGAUUAGUUUCAUAUACGCCCGACACUUGGGGAAAAUAGAAGGUAUAAACUGCAUCACCCAGAGCUGGCGUGUUAAGGAACGGAUGAAAACCGUCAGUGUGGCUUUGGUGCUGUGUCUGAAUGUGGGAGUAGAUCCGCCCGAUGUUGUCAAGAUUCAACCAUGCUCCAGGCUGGAAUGCUGGAUUGAUCCUUCCUCUGUGUCACCUCAGAAAGCGAUGGAGUUAAUCGGUAACAAUCUACAAAAGCAAUACGAGCGAUGGCAGCCCCGCGCCCGAUAUAAGCAUUCGCUUGAUCCGACCGUGGAAGAUGUGAAAAAGCUAUGCACUUCGCUUCGCCGGAACUCAAAAGAGGAACGUGUUCUGUUCCAUUACAAUGGGCAUGGCGUUCCCAGACCGACAGUGAAUGGCGAAAUUUGGGUAUUCAAUCGAACCUACACCCAAUACAUCCCACUGUCCAUAUAUGACUUACAAGCGUGGAUGGGAGCUCCGUCAAUUUAUGUGUACGAUUGUUCCAAUGCGGGGAUAAUUGUAAAUAGCUUUAACACAUUCGCCGAGCAGCACGAAAGGGAGCUGGAGCAGAUGCGUGCUCGUAGUGGGAGUACCGCCGGUCAUUCUGAUCAGGAAGGUACACGAAACUCCCCUUCGCCACCAAUUUUGGGCACAACUACUUACAAAAAUUGUAUUCAACUCGCUGCAUGUGCUUCGAAUCAGAUACUCCCCAUGAAUCCACAAUUGCCGGCGGAUUUGUUCACAUCCUGCUUAACCACACCCAUACGAAUAGCACUAAAGUGGUUCAUUCUGCAAUCGACGUCGAAGUUGGUUCCACACGUUACAGAGGACCUGAUCGAAAGGAUUCCAGGACAGUUGAACGACCGGCGAACGAUGCUUGGGGAACUCAACUGGAUAUUCACGGCCAUAACGGACACCAUUGCGUGGAAUACACUUCCGCGCGACUUGUUCCAGAAGCUCUUCCGACAAGAUCUUCUCGUGGCUAGUCUGUUUAGAAACUUUCUUCUAGCGGAACGGAUUCUUCGCUCGUACGAUUGUACGCCAAUUUCCAGCCCCCCGAUGCCCCAAAGCUACCGGCAUCCGAUGUGGUCUGCGUGGGAUUUGGCUCUAGAUUUGGCCCUGUCCCAGCUGCCUGACAUUCUGGAGAAAGGAAAGCGCUUCAAACAUUCGCCAUUUUUCGAGGAACAGCUCACCGCCUUCCAGGUUUGGUUGGAAGGUAGCUCGGAGCAGCGAAGUCCCCCGGAACAGUUACCGAUUGUGCUUCAAGUGCUUCUUUCUCAGGUUCAUCGAUUGCGUGCUCUGGAGUUGCUUGGCCAUUUCCUCGAUCUGGGACCGUGGGCCGUUAAUCUGGCGCUCAGCGUUGGAAUUUUCCCGUACGUGUUGAAGCUGCUUCAAAGUUUAGCGAAGGAGUUGCGACCUUUUCUGGUGUUCAUUUGGGCAAAAAUACUAGCGGUGGAUGCUACAUGUCAAAUCGAUUUGAUACGAGACCAAGGCCACAAAUACUUUCUGUCAGCACUCCAAGACACCAGCCCUUGUCCAAGUUUCAAGGGAAAUCACCGAAUAUACGCUGCCUUCGUAUUAGCGAGUAUUGUACAUAAUUUCCCGAUCGGUCAAGCGAAUGCUCUGCAAGGUCAGUUGGUUUCGAUCUGUCUGGAUCAGCUGAACGACGAGAAUCCUGUGCUCAGACAGUGGCUAGCAAUUUGCUUGGGUCACUUGUGGCAGAAUUACGAACAAGCAAGGUGGUCUGGAGUUCGUGACAAUGCAAACGAAAAGCUCUAUCCGCUUCUGAGCGAUCCGAUUCCUGAGGUACGAGCCGCGGCAGUUUAUGCAUUGGGCACAUUCAUCAGCUCGGUUACGCAACGGUCCGAUCACGCAAACAACAUUGAUCGCUCGACUGCGAUGCAUCUGUUCACCACAGUUUGCAACGAUAUGAGUCCUCUUGUGCGGAUGGAACUCAUAGCAUCACUUCAGUGGAUGGUGAGGUUUUUCGAGAACCAAUUCGUUUCAGUGUUCCUGCAAGAGUCCUCGAGUGGUCAUCAUUUGUUCAAUCAUCAUUACCACAGUUUGGAAAGAAACAUGAACAUGAAGCGAGUUUCGAGCUCAAGCAACAUCAUAAGUGUGGGUAAGAACGCCGUAAGUGUAGGUUCCAUUUACCAAAAACUAUGGAAUGGUCUCAACGCUCUUGCGAAAGAUCCCUUCCCAGCGGUUGCAACUAUGGCGCAGAAAGUGGUAGAAUAUGUUGGCAAGCAAGGUUACGAGAUGGCUAAAGAAGCCACGACAGAAAAGUGUGCCGGAAGUAUGAGUUUGCCACCUUCCCCGAACACCCGAAUCAACUAUCUGGGAGGAGAGUCUCCACCGCUGCACCUGAAUCAAUCCAGUCAUCACACACCUCUGCCUAACAAAAAGAGACUCCAGCAAACCAGUGACAGCACAACGGAGCUGUUGAGUACGACACACCAGCUCCAGCUGCAGAACGCCAUCUCGACUCCGGUGAGCACUCCUCAACAGCAACAAGCUGAUCAGAUGCCUCCUCCUUCGGCAACUCCCGUUGCUCAGCACUCUGCACAACAACAGUUUCAACCUGCUGCCCCAAUUGUUACCACUAAUUACAUCGAGUGGUCGGUUAGUUUCUUCGCGCGGCCAUCCAAGUUCUUGAAUGAAGGCAAACUGAGCGCCAGUGAUCAGAACUCCACUGAGUUCCUGGAUCGUCAGUCGAGAUGUGCGAGAAAUAAAAAUGUACGAGAAGAAGGUAAAGAUCAACAGCGGAGGGCUGUUUUCGGGCGAUUGGAUACGCAGAGCUGGUCUUGUCGCACACAGCACACUCCCACGAUGGUCAAACUUAAUCCGUACAAUGACCAGAUUGCAGUGGCAUACAAAGACCGUGUCAUCCUACAGGAUUGGAGCACAGAUAUCACCAGCUCUUUCAUCCCCUUCAAGCAGCCAGUAUCGCAACAGCAUCAAUCCAUCUUCCUCGACCAGAACAGGUUUCACACUACCCCACCUGCGGUUAUGGUGUCUUCACUGGACUUUGUCAACGCCCACGACGUGGGUCUGAUUAUGGUUGGCUACAGUGAUAGCGUCAUCCGAUUAUGGAGACCAGCCGAAACGAGCCGAGAAUCUGCGCUCAUAACUGCGUGGCAUGGCCUGUUCGAUUUCAACUCGCCGGCAACGGCCAAAGUGGGAACCAGUGAGCUAGGCUUGGUGAUGGCUUGGCACCAAAAUUUGCAGACCGUUAUGGCCGCGGGGGAAGCAAAGUAUAUACGGCUGUGGGAUGUAGAGCGAGAAUCCAAAAUCUGUGAUAUCCCGAGUGGCUCGGACACAACAAUCAUCAAGCUGUCGUGUGCUCCGAGUGGAAUAUUCGCGGCCGGUUGCAAUGAUGGUAGCGUGCGACUGUUCGACCGAAGGUGUCCGCCAACGGAAUCAAGAUUCGCUACGUUCCGGGAACAUCUGAACCCGAUUCUGACGAUCUGUCUGAGGGACGAUUCGGAGAGUUUAAUUUCAGCAUGCACUACAUCCACGGUUCGUAUGUACGACAUUCGCAAGUCAACGUCAUCGUUGCAGCAUUGGAGUGCUGGUUCGGAUGUUUCGGCUAUGACUAUUCAUCCGAGGGCGGAUCUUGUUGCGUGUGCUACAAGUGUGAUAACCAUCUACGGAUUGGACGGAACAACGCUGAAUACUAUUCGAUGCAAUGAAGGAUUCAUGGGCACUAAGAAGGGAGUUACGUCGUGUUUGUCAUUCCACAAAUACAAGAUUAGUCUGGCAGCGGGAUUCAAUGACAACACCGCGGCUGUAUAUGUUCUUGACCGGAAAUAAGCACAAGGAAUUGAAUAGGGGGCUUUCGUCUGCCUGGCCUUGCUUCGAUGGAAUCCAGCUCGCAGUAGCGCAUGGCAUCACAGCAAAACUGAACAACGCCUUGAUUGCAUAUUUUAGCAUAGAGAAACACCGUAGCAACCAAAUCGGCCGCAAGCUAGAGAUUGAAUUAUGCCAUGAGAAAACAACAAAAAAAACGGAUAACAGAAUUUCACUUUUGAGCUCUAUAUUUACAACAUGUAAAAGCGACAAUGCGGGAUAUCGCUAGGAUAGGUUCAAAGUAAUGAGACAUUAACUUGGAGAGUUUGUCGACAUCAGUUACCAUUAUACACUUUAUAGUUUUUCUGUUUCUUAUAAUUGUAUAAAACGUAAACAUUUAACUUACAAUAGUAUCAACAAGAACAUGCAAAUAAGCCUUAAAUUUCUGUUGUUUUUAUGACAGAUUUUAAUUACUGGGGAGAUAUUUUACACAACAAGCGUUAGUCGAGGCAUCUGUAAGUUUAUCAUGUUUCCUUUGAAGAAGAAAGUAGGCAUUAAAGUGAGACAACUAUUACAAAAAAAAAAUAUACAAGCUUCUACAUAAUUAUAAUUCAUCUAAUGGUGCCGCAAUAUUAUUAAAACAAAUAUUAGAGUCCGUUUUCUGAGCAGAACAGGUUAGUGUAAUAAGAAACAUAAAAGCUGCUUUCAGUAAAUUCUAUUUUUAUUUGUUAGAAAUCGGCCUUAGCUUGUUAGCCUUUAACAUUAUAUGGAAAGGUAUCAUGUCGAUUGGAAUUGAAUGUUUUCCUUGAAUCAUAACUGUAUAAUAAUGAAGUAUGAAAUGUUUUUCUUCUUUUUAUAAUGAAUGAUUAUCUGAAUUUUGAGUACCGUAAGAAAAUUGUGGAAUGUAAUAAUUUUAUAUCUUUUGUAUAAAAUAAUGCUCCUGGAUAUAUUUUAUAACUGUACAGUUGAUUUUGCAACCGCGAAAAUAUACAAAUGAAC